CGACCAUUGACGAGCAGGCGGGGACUUCAGUUGAGACGGUCCAAAACUAACUCUCGACAUAGAUAUUGGGUUGCGGGCGCCGUCGACAAUGGCCCUAGGAGCGAGAAAAGUUCUAUGCGCGCCCACGUUGUCCCAACGGCGAGCGGCUUUCGGGAGGAGAGUUCUCGCGGUCCUCCCGCUCCAGUAAUCCACGAGUUUGUUCGGGAAGAAUGAGUAACGUCCCAUCACUUCUCAGCGGCCGAAAAUGCUCAUCGAUGUCAUGGAUGCUCAACAGAACAGUGCGAAACGAUUGGCUCGAUGGGGAAUUCAGCGGUGAUGGCUGAAAUAGAGGUUCAGCAUCUUUUCGCAUGCUUCCCAUCCUGGGAAAGUGCCAGUUUUGUCUUGGACGGUGGUCCAAGAGUCCGCAGUCAGUACUGGCAUCCGCAUCAACAGAUGGACG